AUGGUAAGCACAAGUCACGGGAAGAAGCAGGACGCGCUGCCAGCAAGCCUGGGCCUGGGCGUCAGCUUGGUGAUGCUGCUGUCCAAGAGCGUGACGGAGCUGAGCAGGAUGGUGGAGCUGAGCGCCCAGGUGGAGCGCCUGCUUCUCGACGCCAGGGAACGUGUGUAUCUGAGCAGGAUGGUGGAGCUGAGCGCCCAGAUGGAGCGCCUGCUUCUCGACGCCAGGAACGUGCGUAGUUGCAAUGGCAAUUGCACAGACUGCACCAGCGUCGUCAAGGGGCCCAUCGCUCGUGCUGGUAGCGAGGAGGGCGCCCUGUUGGCCUGUCCCAGUCUGACGGGCGCCCUCCUCGCUGGAGAGACAGACAGCGGCGGCGAGAGCCAAGACCACGACGAGGAGGAGGAGGAUGCCUAUGACUGCGAAGCUGAUGAGGGGAACGGGAUCAAGAGCCCGCCCCACGGCGACAUGUCGGCCCUCGAGCUGGAGCAGAGGCUGCACCAGCUGCUGCAGUCGCGGCACGAGGCGUGGAUCGCGGAGCUGGAGUGUGAGGCCAACGGAGGUGGUGGAAAGGGAAGGUGGCAAGCUGUACAUGGGCUCGGUAGAGCUACCAUUAAUGAGACUGAGCCACAAUUGGAUCAAAGUGUAUGCUCAACGCUGAAAUCAGUCGAUGGAGCAAUAGAUAUCCCAUAUUUACAUUGCUACAACUUUAGUUAUGGACCAUUUGAGUACAUGAACGACGGUUAUUUCGACAUAUCAGUCUCCAAAGCCUACACAGACAAUCACGUUCUCAUAAUUUAA